UGGUUUGCAGGAUCAUUCGUUUCCUUAACGAGCCAACAGGAGUCAGAUGGACCUGCUGCCGGACGUAUGGAGGCAGGACUACUGGCUUCCUCCUGGUGUGAGCUGGGAGGACAUGGAAAAGCUGGCGACCUCUGACCGGCCGCGACCCCAAGACCUUCUCCUGGCUCUUCCCCUGGCGCUGGUGUUUGUGGGCCUGCGUUACGCGUUUGAAAGGGUGGUUGCCCCCCCCAUGGGCAGGUGUUUGGGGUUGAGGAACCGAUUGAAAACAACCGCCUCCCCGUCCCCGAAGCUGGAGUCCUUUUACGCCCAGCAAAGCCGACAGCCGUCGCAGAGCGAAAUCCUCAGCCUGAUGUCGCAGUGUGGGAAGACCCAGAGACAGAUCGAGACCUGGUUCCGUCUACGCAGGAACCAGGACAGGCCGAGCAACACCAAGAAGUUUGGCGAAGCCGCAUGGAGGUUCUUCUUCUACCUCAUAGCCUUCUCAGCCGGACUAGCGUGCUUAUAUGAUAGGCCCUGGUUCUGGGACCACAGGGAGUGUUGGAGGAAUUACCCACUACAGCCAGUGGAGAGAGCCCAUUACUGGUACUACAUGCUGGAGCUGGGUUUCUACUGUUCUCUGCUCCUCAGGAUCUCUGUGGACGUGAAGAGGAAGGACUUCAAGGAACAGGUGAUCCACCAUUUUGCCACCAUCUUCCUACUUAGUUUCUCCUACUGCGCCAACUACAUACGCAUCGGCACCCUGGUCAUGCUGCUGCACGACUCCUCUGACAUCCUGCUAGAGUCUGCCAAAACCUUCCACUACGGUACCGGCUGGAGGAGGACGUGUGACACGUUGUUCGUUGUAUUUGCCUUGGUCUUCCUGGUGACCCGACUGGUGGUUUUCCCCAGCAGAAUCAUCCACGCCACCUUGGUGCUGUCCAUGGAGAUGUUUGAGCCGUUCGCCGGUUACUACUUUUUCAACGUCCUGCUCAUGGUGCUGCAGGCGCUUCACAUCUUCUGGGCUGGACUGAUCUUACGCAUGGUCUACAAGUUCCUCUUCUUGGGCAAGCUGGACAAAGAUGAACGCAGUGAUGAAGAGAGCGACGUGGAGGAGGAGGAGAAGGACAAAGGGGAAGAGGAUGCUAAGGAUGAAGGAGAUUACUGCUGGGAGAGGAGCAAAGAGGCCAUCAACUCUAAACUGACUAUGCUGACCAACAGCUGUGUGCUGAGUACUUUAACCAGCCGCAGGGCUUCCGCUGUAGACAGAAUGCGUAAAUCUCAGUAAAGUUUUGUCUGAAUCGUACUUCAGGAUUUAGGACAAAUUUGAUCUCAGAUACGUUGUCCGGCUCCAAUUUAAGAGAACCUACACAUCAAGAAGGAUCCGGCUGAUCAGCUCCUUUGCUAAAGGUCCAGCAGGCUUGUGCCACACCUUCCUCAAGCAACAGAUGAGAUGAGUAAAUGGAUGACAGUGGAGUCCUCUACUGAGUCCCAAACCAUUGUUUAGCUUGAAUCAUAAAAUCUGGAAAAUGAUCACCAUGGCAGAUGAUGGUUUCUAUGCAACCAACCUCUAGGUUAUGGACCUAGCACACUUCCAAUGAACCACCCCGCAGUCUUCCACUUGGGUUUUAAACCCACAACCCCUGGAUUCAGGGGCAACUUCAAUGACAGAUAGGCCACUGAGGCCACAUAUUCAUUCUUAUUAAGUAAACUGGAAUUCAAUGCCUUGACUUAUUGGGCAGUUUUUGGGUUUCA